UUAAGAGUUGACGGACGUCUGUUAUGUGGUUCUCUACUCUAGUAUAUGUUACAUUGGCCACUGUCGCAACGCUGCAACCGAUCACUUCCCACAACAUCGAGGAAAGCGCACGUUCCUCCGAGUCCAACAAAAACAUCAUUGAGGAAGGAUGGGGAGCGGUGAAAUGAGUACGGACUACUCACUUUCAAUCUCUUCCUAAAUCAACAGCACUAUUUGAUAAUCCCUCAAAAAUGAUACACGAAGGAUUCGAUUCUUUGUUUGCUUCAGCACACACGUGGCAUGAAUCGCAUUUUCCAGACACGGGAGAGUCGUUCUGGGACAAAAUCAUAGAGCUCGGUCCAAAUAUCAAGGAAUAUACCGACGAGCUCUUUUAUCACGUCGUAGAGCUGUAUCCAUCCGAGAAGCUUGCAGAGUUCAGGCAAUCUAUGGUCAACGUCACUGCCGCUGCUACUGCAUUGCACAAAGUCUGCAGUGGAGCCGCAGAGGACAGUGGUAUUUCUCUCUACUCUGUGAUGUACUCUGUGAUGGAAGAACAUGGGGAUAUCUUCAUUGUCCUAUUCGAAGAGCUCAUGGAGAUGUUCCCGCCACCUUCCGAGGCUCCUGGUCAUGACAACUGUACAAUCAUGAUCGGCAUGGCUCUUGACCGCAUCGAGCAAAGUUUUCUACAGAUCGCCACCAAGGUUGGAAUCAACGAAGAACUAUUGAAAAGUUACUCUGGUUCUCUCAAGUUCGUCGUUCAACAUGUUGUCGUAACCAUAGGCACGACCUUGUUGAACAGCAUCCGGACAUUGCCAAUACCCUCUUGCUCAUCGCGAUUGCAGAGUUUGCCCCUCUAUUGUUACCUGAGAUCAAACUUCUCCGCUUGUUUGGAUUUGGACCACGAGGACCAAUCAAAGGUACGUUCUUGUAUAUUGCUGCGAUGGUGGGCAGCACCGUGACAUCGCUGAUAUUUUAGGUGAAAUUGCUGCGUGGUUCCAACGUUGGAUGUUUGGUGGCACCAUCCCAAACGGUAGCUGGUUUUCGGUACGAAACUUUAAGUGGCGUUGAAGUUCCAGCAGUCGUCUGUUUCAUGACAUUGACGUCUGUUUUACGUUUGUACUUCGGGGAUAUUUUUUAUACUUCAAGUGUAUUCCAGAAUUCACCUUGUAAAUGUGCUUGAGCAUUACAUCUUCAUGAAAUCGAGCCUAGUGCCGAGCGCUCGGAUCCAACCCAGUCAAGCAGCCUUCUAGGUCUGUUGGGAGCCAAUAUUAGCGUGGGCGUGU